AUGUGUGUCAACUGUAUUCGUAAUGAGGUAGACAUUACAGAAGGUAUUCCCAAGCAAGCCACCAUUCAUUUCUGCCGUAAUUGCGAACGUUAUUUGCAACCACCUGGUAUUUGGGUUACGGCUCAACUGGAAUCCCGAGAAUUGUUAACUCUCUGUCUCAAAAAGUUAAAAGGCCUCAAUAAAGUUCGUUUGAUUGAUGCUGGCUUUAUUUGGACAGAACCUCACAGUCGACGUAUUAAAGUGAAAUUGACCAUUCAAAAGGAAGUAUUCGUCAACACUAUCCUUCAGCAGAUUUUCGAAGUUGAAUUUGUCGUUUCACAUCAACAAUGUGAUGAAUGUACUCGUUUAGCAGCUCAAAACACAUGGAAAGCCGUCGUCCAGGUGCGUCAAAAAGUGGAUCAUAAGCGUACUUUCUUGUAUCUCGAACAGUUGAUCUUGAAACACAAUGCGCAUAAGGAUACAACCAACAUCAAAGAAACAAAAGAUGGUAUUGAUUUUUACUACGGUGCCCGUAGUCAUGCUAUCAAAAUGGUCGAAUUUCUCAGUGCUGUUGUUCCUUUGCGAUAUAAAACUAGUGAACAAUUGAUUUCAAAGGAUAUCCAUACUAGUGUUAGUAAUUAUAAAUUCACUUAUUCAGCAGAAAUUGCACCCGUUUGUAAAGACGAUUUAGUUUGCAUACCCAAAAAAUUAUCCAACACAUUUGGUAAUAUCAACCAGCUUCUCAUUUGUACACGUAUCAGCAAUUCGAUCCAGUUACUUGACCCUCACACGUUAGCCAUGGCUGAUGUCACUACAACACACUAUUACCGUUACCCAUUCCAGCCUUUAGCCAGUGCCAAAGCGAUGAUUGAAUUUUAUGUAUUAGAUGUAGAGCCCUUAGGCCCUGUGAACGGUAGAAAUGUCCUCUGUGAUGUGCAUGUAGCUCGUAUGUCAGAUUUUGGACGAAACGAUGAACAAUUUAUUGUCAGAUCACAUUUAGGCGCUAUUUUGAAUCCAGGUGACACCGUAAUGGGUUACGAUCUCGCUCGAGCCAACUUUAACAAUGACGAAUAUGAAAAAUUACACCAACAAGCAAGUCUACCAGAUAUCGUGCUAGUACGUAAAUCCUAUCCAGCACGUAAGAAAAGAUCGAAACCUAGAAAUUGGAAGUUGCAGCAAUUGGGUAAAGAAGUGGAUGAGAUGCUGCCUCGUAAACAAGAUCAAGCCAAGAUUGAAAAUGAUAUGGAAUUAUUCAUGCGUGAUAUCGAAGAAGACCCAGAAUUCAGAUCCACUAUUAAUAUAUUCAAGAAUCCCAAUGCUUCUAAACAGACAAUGGCCAUGGAUAAUGAUGAGAUAAUUGAUUCUGAGGAAGAAGAACUGCCCGAAAUUUCUUUGGAAGAGAUGUUGGACGAAAUGGCUAUCAAUAUGGACGAUGAUGAUGAUGACGAGAACACAGCAGCGCCAUUAGUAACAAGAGCAGCAUCAGGCGCUGUGGUGGAUGAGGAUGAAGAAAUGGAAAUGUAA